CCUUCUACCUCCAAUCUCUCAUCACCCAUCUCUUUCUCCUUCUAAACACCAUGAACUUAAUUGAUGCCACCUCCUCCUCCACCUCCUCCCCCUCCCCCUCCCCAUCCCCCCCUCUCCUCACUCUCACUCCUCCCACCAUCCUCAGCCCCUGCGCCGCUUGCAAGAUCCUCCGCCGUCGCUGCGUCGACAAAUGCCUUCUUGCCCCUUACUUCCCCCCCACCGAUCCCCUCAAAUUCACCGUCGCCCACCGCGUCUUCGGCGCCAGCAACAUCAUCAAAUUCCUCCAAGAUCUGCCUGAAGUCCACAGAGCUGAUGCAGUGAGCAGCAUGGUGUAUGAGGCCAAUGCAAGGCUAAGAGACCCCAUUUAUGGUUGUGCUGGAGCCAUUUGCAAGCUUCAGAAACAGGUGACAAAGCUCCAAGCUCAGCUUGCUCGCACAAGGGCUGAUCUCCUACAUGUCCAAACCCAACAUGCCAACUUCCUGGCACUCCUGAUGGCGCCGUCUUCGUUGCACCCGUCGCCGACGAUCGAUCAAUCAACCUUCGCUUCGCCUGAGUUCUCCUAUGAAGGCGACGGCGGCGACGGCGGCGGAUAUGCACCCAUUUGGGAGGAUUCCUUGUGGGCAUGAUAAAAGAUUGAGAGGGAUGAUGUUGGUGAUGAUGAAAUGAGUCAUUAAUAAGUGGUUUAGUAUUUUGAUUAAUUAUAAAGUUAAUUAAUCAUAAUAUGUGUGAUGAGAAUUAAUUAAUCUAAUAUGUAUGAUGC